AUGGCGGCGGGGUCGGUGUGGAAAGGGCUGGUGGGGCUCGGCCUGUUCGCCCUGGCACACGCGGCCUUCUCUGCGGCGCAGCAUCGUUCUUACAUGAGGUUGACAGAAAAGGAAGAUGAAACGUUGCCCAUAGAUAUAGUCCUGCAGACUCUGCUGGCCUUUGCAGUCACCUGCUAUGGAAUAGCACAUAUUGCAGGAGAGUUUAAAGACAUGGAUGCCACUUCAGAACUCAAAAAUAAGACAUUUGACACAUUAAGGAACCAUCCAUCUUUUUAUGUAUUUAAUCAUCGUGGUAGAGUAUUGUUCCAGUCCCCAGACACAGUGAAUUCUUCUUCAAACCAAGAUGCUUUGUCAUCCAGCUCGGCACUGAAAUUCCGAAAACUUGAACCUCUGCGCCGCUAAGACUUUUACAGAUGAUACCAAUAACCCAGGACACUGAGAUGUAAUAUUCAAGUCGGGGAUGUAAACACUUUUUUAAUUUCUGGAGCAGUAUUUAUAUUGAUCUUCCAGACUUUAUAAAAUAUAUAUAUAUAAAUAUAUAUAUAUAUAUAUAUAAACUAAUGACCUUCUUUGUACACUGUUAAUGAGAAUGACCGAAUUGUGGAUUGGCAAUGCAGUGUAAAUUCUACAGUUAUGCUGUGAAACACAUCUUCAAAAGUUUCAGAUAUUAAAAUGAGUUGCAGCUAACUUAACUUCAGUUAAAACAAAAAGCAAGCUAGUUUUUUCUUGUAAUUAGUGUUCUUUGACAGGAGGGAAUGUUUGAGUGUAUUUAUUUUUCAGUUUGCUUGCACUACAGUCUAUGGACCCCCUCAGAAAUGCUGUGUGCACUGCAUCACUGAACAGCAGGAAAAGGGGCAGCAUCUGAUCCUAGAAUGCCUGUGGGACACCAGCACGGUGUGGCAGGGGAAGUCAAAGAGACUACUUCCAUUUUUAUUUUUUUGCAAUGCUGACAAACAGUUGUGUGAAGGGUUAUUCUUUUUUUCCUGGUUUUUCACUACCACGUUAUUUCUUCAUUGCCCUCCUCCUUCGUUUCAUGUAAGUUGCCCCACGUUGCCUGGGCUGUGGCUGUGCAUUGGUGCUUGUGUGGGGGAGGCAACUCACGUAGAUAAUCUGCCACACUCUGUGUUCUCCAGCUCUGAACUGGGGAAUGUUGAAUGUCAUGUAUGUGCUGAACAUGGUGUACCAGGUACAACCUCCAAGUCAUCUUCAUAUUUAAGUAUCAGUAAGAACUGUCCCUUCUGUGAAUGAUCCAGGGGUAGGGUCCAGCAGCUUGCUCUGUUUUCUGGCACUAAUCCAGGACAGCUACCCCUUUUCUGCCAACAGAGCCUUCCACCUUGAUUUUUCCAGCUGAGCCCUUUGUUGAUUUAAGAUUACCUUCUUGAUUUCAUGUAUUAGAACUGAUCAUCAUGUCCUUAACUCCUACUUACGUCUAAAUUCUAAUCUCCCCUCAGGGGCUGAAUCAAUGCUGAAGUCUCUCUUGGUCUGGCUUUUCAGCUCCUUGACACAGCAGAGAGAGGGUAGGUCGAGAUACUGGUGGGGCCAGUGAGAAUUUGGCCAGGUUGGGGGAUGGAAAGUGGAAACUCAGCCUUUUGUCCUGGCAUCUGUUGUGUUUGGUAUUUUUUUAACUGUUAGGAACUGUCAAAGGCAAAAAGCUUGGCAAAAAUACUGUGUAAACUGAAGCCUCUUUUUCUAGCUCUGCCCAUCCUAUGGAGUGGGUGCCCCAGUGCUCGAGCAAUAUCCAUGGCUGCUGCUCUACAAUCACUCUUAAGCAUCUGGGUUUGAUUAGAAAGGGUUACUCUGCCAGCUGAAAGCAUCUGAGUUACAGGAUUUGUUCCUAAAGUGUCCUGGUUCCCCUCUUGCUGGUGUCACAAAUCGGCUCCAGCCAGCACCAAAGGCCCCGGAAAUAGUAUUGGGUCAUCUCGCCAUUGCAGACAGAGCUGGUCCCUUGGGAAACAGGGCUGCUGUGCUGCAGCUGCUGCACAGAGGGGAAGCUGAACAUGGGCCAGGUGACCCUGUGGGGCAGAGGAGACACAGAAUUAGCAGAGAGACGGAGAAGCACAGUGGGAGCUCAGUAACCACUGUAGUAGAUGGGUUCUGCAGCUGUGGUUGCACUGAGCCCUUUGCAGAGCGUCUUAGAGCAGAGCUGCUCACACGGAAUGUCUGAGAAGCCCUGUUUGUGAUGCUGGAAGGCUACAGGGACCUGCCCGAGGUGGGAGGUGCUGCUGGGAGCAGGUCCUGCUGGGAGCACCCUGUGACUGUGUCAGGGCCCUUCUCCUGAGGAGCAGCCUCACUCUGCAGCAGCAACGGUUCUAUCACAAAGCUGUACAAAUUAUUUUUUCUUAUUGAUCUCACAAUGUCAAAUAAAA